AACACUGAAGUCAAAGGCCGCUCGAAAACCGCUCGAAUGGGUCGGCGGAGAGGAUUAAACCGUGACAAAAUAUGAUCUUUUGAUGGUUUACUUUUACCUAAGCGAGCACACCGUUGCACGGAAAGAGUGUUGAAGGUUCGCAGUUUGUGGUGACGAUGCAGUAGCAACGCUGUUAACGACUUUUCGAGGAUAUUUUAGUCUUUUUCUCCUUUGGACUUGUGUUGUUUGGUCUACAUGGUUUCAACAAGCUAGCGCUAGCCUCGAUUCCACGGAGCUGCUUUCGGGCUGCGAUGGUCGUCGCUACUUUAUGCGGAUGUCUCCCGUCCAGUCUGUACUAAACCUACGGCAACAAAUGGGAUCAUCAAGCAUCGGCCGGAAACAUCGCGGCGUUGACUAAACGUUACAGAUAAACAUAUCUGCUUGAAUUUGUGGAAAAUUCAGACCCAGGAUUGUGUGGACUCGGACGACAGGUGUUUUUCUCGUUGGAUUUUAGCCCACUGACAUUCUUCCACAGCCAUGGAAUCGACCGUUGAUGACGAUGCAAUGGCAGCGUGAAUGAAGCUUGGCGUGGGGAGAGCUGAACGAUGCCCAAAGGUGGGGGAUCUAAAACCCCCCAGCUGGACCACUUCCCACUCAACACCGACAUGGUGGAAAAGCAGGGUGGGAAGAAGGAUAAAGUUUUGUCAAAUAAGACUCCCAAAUUGGAUCGCAGUGAUGGGGUCAAAGAGAUGAAAGAAAAGGCCCCUAAAAGGAAGCUGCCGUUUACUGCUGGAGCUAAUGGAGACCAGAAAUAUUCUGACUCAGAGAAACCAGGUCCAGAGCGGAAGCGCAUCAAGAAGGAGCCCACCAACACCCGGAAGGCGGGUUUGCCGUUUGGAAUGGGGAUGCCAGGAAUCCGGGCCGGUUACCCCCUCUCUGAGCGGCAGCAGGUGGCCUUGCUCAUGCAAAUGACAGCUGAGGAGUCCGUCAACAGUCCAGACACAACACCAAAGCAUCAGUCACAGUCCAGUAUGGGUCAGAAGGGAACGCCAAACUCUGCAUCUAAAACCAAAGACAAAGUGAAUAAACGGAAUGAGAGAGGAGAGACUCGGCUGCACAGAGCAGCAAUCCGUGGAGAGGUACGCCGCAUCAAGGAGCUCAUCAGCGAGGGAGCUGAUGUGAAUGUAAAAGACUUUGCAGGCUGGACUGCAUUGCAUGAGGCGUGCAACAGAGGCUAUUAUGACGUGGCCAAGCAGCUGCUGGCAGCCGGAGCAGAGGUCAACACCAAGGGUCUGGAUGAUGAUACCCCUCUACACGAUGCAUCCAACAACGGACAUUUCAAGGUGGUUAAACUACUUUUACGGUAUGGAGGGGACCCACGUCAAAGCAACAGGAGAGGUGAGACUGCAUUGAAGGUUGCCAACUCUCCAACUAUGCUGAAUCUUUUGCUGGGGAAAGGCACUUACACCUCAAGUGAAGAAAGUUCAUCAGAAUCUUCAGAGGAAGAAGAUGCACCUUCAUUUGCUCCUUCCAGUUCUGUCGAUGGCAAUAACACAGACUCUGAGUUUGAGAAGUUGAAGUUGAAAGGGAAAUCCAUGGACCCUCCUAAAUCUGCUGUCACACCUGUAAAAGACGAAUAUGAAUUCGAUGAGGAUGAUGAGGAGGAACGUGUUCCUCCUGUGGAUGAUAAACACCUCUUGAAAAAAGACUUCCGUAAGGAACCAGUCCCCAAGACCAACAGCCUCGUCGCAAUACCCAAGAUGGAGGUCAAAACCUAUUCCAAAAGCAACUCGCUCACACCAAAGAAAACUGUCAGGCGGAUCAUCUCGGACAGCAACAGUUCAGACGAGGAUGAUAGGACGUGUUUCACGCCGGUGCCUACGCCAAGGCAACAAGCCCAGCAAACGAAUACCAAGACGAGAGACUCUGGCAGCAUGAGCUCUAAACAACAAAAAGACAAGAAUAAAGUCAAAAAGAAACGGAAGAAGGAGAGUAAAAACAAUGUUAGUAAAGAAGUGAGGUUCGGAAAAGUCAAUGACAAGUUCUGUACAUCGGACUCUGAUUGUGGAGAUUUGGAGAGUGAGGAUGAUAAGGGCUCAAACAGUAUAAAGGACUCUUCUGCGACAAGUUUAAAAGACUCCCCCGGCUUUAACGCAUCCUCCUCAUCCUCCCAUGGAAACUCCAACUCUCAGAAACAAGUACCAUCAUUAGCAGAACAGCAUCCAAAGCAGUGGAGGACCGAUGGCUGGAAGACCGUGUCGUCUCCGACGUGGUCCGACGUCAGUUCCCUCUCAGAUUCGGUCAGAACACGACUGUCCAGUGAGUCCGACUACUCCUCGGCCGAUUCCAGUGUCGAGUCAAUAAAACAAGUCAAGAGGAAAGCACAGGAGAACAAAAAGAAGAUUAACAACGUGCACAGUAGCACAGUAGAGAAGAAGAAUUCUGACCUCCACAAAAACUCCAAUGCAGAUUGUGCGAUCUCCAAAACCGACGUGGAUGGCAAAGUGCUGAAAAAGCAUAAAGUCAAGCAUAAGCACAAAAAUAAAGAAAAGGACAAAGCUCCUAGUCUAGUUCUCAAUCAAGACAUGAAUGAGAAAUUUGUCAAGAGCUAUUCUUUUGAUUUCGAUGAUUCAAGGCAGAAGUCUCUAAUCGUCGAGGGAGAAUCGCCAGCUGAGAGCAAGGUCAAGUUAUCCAAACACGAAAAAGACCAUUCAAAAAAAGAGGAUAGGCUUUCGAAAAGCAAGUCCGAGGAUAAGGAUUGGUCAUCUGGAAAAGAGCCGCACAGAACAGCAAAAGAAGAGAAAAAUAAGAAGACAAAAGACUCCACCAAGGAUAAGACGACCAAGGAGGAGAGGGAGAAGCCUUUAAAAUCUGACAAGGAGAGAAAUGUCAAGGAGAAGGAGAAGCCCAAGGAGGAUAAACAAAAAGCUCACAAGGAGGAGAAAAAGAAAAAGUCCAAGGACAAGUCCUCCUCCAAGACAGACCGGAAAAGUGAGCAGAAAGAGGAGAAACAUCUGAAGGUGGACAAGGAGAAAAACACCAAGGAGGAGAAGGACAAAUGUAAAAAAGACAAAGCACAGAAGGAAGAGGCCGAGUACGAAGGCUUCGACGUAAAUAACCGCUUCCUCAACUUGGAUGACACAAAGCUCAGUGCCUCAGAUGACCACCAUGACAGAUGGGGCUCGGAGAUGUCUUCUGACUCCUCCCUUUAUGACGACAGUUGGGACGCUCCUGUCAAGGAGUACAAGGAAUACAAAGCCAACAACGCUGUUAAACUAAUUGUUGAGACCGUUAAGGAAGAGACCAGGAGGAAAGAUAACAAAGUCAAGGACAAGAAAUCUGAUCACAUCGAGAAAAGAUCAGAGAAAGAUGCUCCUUCUAAGAAAAAGGAAAAAGACUCCUCUGAAAAGACAAAUGAAAAGAAAAAAGACUGGUCAGAAAAGCAGAAAUUAAACUCCAGUCACUCAGUCGAAAAAGAAAAGAAACGGAAGGAGUCCAUGGACACAGUCAAAGACAAAAAAGACAAGGACUCUUUAGAGAACAGUCGAGACCGUAAAGACUCGUAUGACUUCAUCAAGGAACGAAAAGACGUCAAAAUCAAGCAGGAAACAUCAAGAGAUGAAUAUGGGAAUGACACUUUCUUCAAAGACAUUGAUGCUGUCGCUAAAUCAUGUGAUAUCAGAGAGAGAAAUCACUCUGGAAAGGAGAAAGAAAAGAAGGGCGAGGGAAUUGAAAAACGAGAAAAGAUCAAAGGUGACAAGCACAAAGAGAAAACAAAAGACAGAGGAGCUGAUCCAGAGAAAGAUAAGAGCGAGAAAAUCUCAGCGGAGAAGACUGUCAAGGAAAAGGACGCGGACAGGGCCACCAAAGACAAGAAGGAGGGAGUCAAAGACAAACACAAAGAGUGUCAUGGCAAAGACAAAGAUCGAAAGAUGUCUUCAGAGCAGACCAAGGAAAAAAAAGAAAAGGCUUCUCAAGACAAACAUGCUGAUAGGGAGAAGGAUUUUCUGGAGGUAAAAAAGGAGGAAAGAAAACCUGAGAAAAUCCGUGAGAAAACGUGGUACAAGAUCGCGGACAUCUUUACUGAUGAAAGUGAUGACGAUGAGGACAGCUACAAUGGCAAUGUUGCACUUGUGCCCGACACCAUCAGAAAAGACGUAUCACCUGAUCCGGAUGAGCUGGAUCAUUUCCCGUCAGAAAAAAUAAGGAAAUCGUCUGCAGAGGCCAAAUAUAACACAGAAAAGGUAAAGGACAAAGAACACAAAGAGAAGAAGAAAGAAAAGGCCACAUUUGACAUGGGCAAAGAGAGAAAGGGCUCUCUAGAGAAACACAACAAAGACAAGAAAGACUCUGUAGAGGCAAAACACAAAGAAAGAAAAGACAGAAUAUCAGUGGAAUCAAAUCAGGAGAAGAAGAAUAAGCAGAAGCUGUUGGACAAAAGGGACACCAGUGAGGAAAAGACCAAGAGCAAAUAUAAAGACAAGCUCGAGCAUUCUAAGGAAAGGAAACCCUCCAAAGGCAGUGGUGAGAAUGAAAAGUCCCUGUUAGAAAAAUUGGAGGAAGAAGCCAUGAAUGACUACAAGGAUGACUCCAAUGACAAGAACAGCGAAAUCUCUUCAGAUAGUUUCACCGACCGAGGUCACGACCCCGUCCUGACUGCUUACUACGACUCCCUCAACCUGCCCGAUGUGACCGAGGACAGGAGGGACUCCCUGUCCAUAUCCACACCCCAAGACAAGUUCCGAGAGAAAGAGAGGCACCGGCAUUCCUCCUCUUCCUCGUCCAAGAAAAGCCACGACAAGGAAAAGGAAAAGGUCAAGAAGGACAAAGGGGACAAACGGGACAAGACGGAGGAGAUCAGAGAGUCCUACAGCCGCAGAGAGAGUCUACCUUUUGAGAAGGAGGCCAUGCCUCUUGAGGCGGACCCUUACACAUUCCCGUACGGGAGUAAGGGAGACGGCGAAGACGACUUUGAUAAAACAUUGGAGUUUGAAAAAGAAAUGUCCAAAAAGGACAAAGACAAAGCAGCUGGAGUCAUCAGUGACAGGACAAAGGACAAAAAGAAAAAGGAAAAGCAUAAGGAAAAAAUAAAGGAGGACAAGAACAAGUACAUUGAUGGCUUUGCAUCAUUUAAACACUCCAAAGAGGAUGUGAAGUCAGGGUUGAAAGACAGCCCACAGGUCACGGUUCUGAAGGAAAGGUCAAAAGAAGACAGUCCUAAAUUUGAUGUGAAAAAGGACAGAAGUCGGGAUACGUUGGACAAAGACAACCGAGUGGAUCACAGUAAAUCUAAAGCCAAGGAGGACAAUGAAAAACUCCCUCAGUCCAAGGACUCUGUAAGGAAGGAUAAUCGUCCACGUGAAAAACUGCUGGUGGAUGGUGAUUAUCAAAUGACCAGCUUCGGUCAGAUGCUGAGUCUCAAAGACCAGGAGAUUGAAGAGCGCCACAAGAAACACAAAGAGAGGAUGAAGCAAAUGGAGAAGCUGAGGCCCAAGUCGGGGGACACUAAGCUCAAGACCAAGUCCACGGAGGAGGUACGGAAAAGCCGCAGUGAGCUAUCAUCGAAGAAGUCCAACAGUCUGGAGUCGGGUCUUAAAGAGAAGAAGCUCAAGGAUGUGGGUCUCCCGGCCCAAAUGAUGUCGCCAAGCAGGAAGUUCCAGCCUGCAGACAGUCAAAACUCAAAGGACUGGCUGGCUAGCCAUCAAAUGAAGGAGAACCUUCCUGCUUCUCCCAGGCCGGAUAAAAACAGGCCAACGGGUGUACCCACGCCGACAUCGGUCAUCUCCUGCCCCAGCUUUGAGGAAGUGAUGCAGACCCCGCGUACCCCGUCCUGCAGUGCAGAGGAUUACCCCGACAUCAUGUUGGACGGGCUGGACUGCCAGAACUCGUCGGCUAUGACCAUGUCGAUGAACGCCUGCUCGCCGUCCUUCUUUGAGAGCAGGUACUCUAACUCCCAGAGUUUCCAGGAGGGUACAUGUCCCACACCCGCGAAGAACCUCCAGCUGCCACUUGUCAGUCGAUCUGCAUCUUCUGACGUCCGCAGGCCACUAGAGGAUGAGUUCAAGGCUGAGGCUGACAAGUUCCUUCGACAGCAGAGUGAUUCUGCUGCUGAAUUUGAUCCGCCAUCACCCUCCCAAACUUUAGAGGACAAAUUAGCGACUGUGGAUGGCCUGGAGUGCCUCCCAUCUCCUUAUUUCUCCCCACUAAGGCUGCUCUCCCCUCGGCGGGAGCCAGGCCUUCCAGCGCCAGAUGUGCUAGCACCAACCCUUGCUGUCAUUGAGGGAAAUGAACACUUUCCUGACAGUGUGUACCACAAUUUCUUGCCCAAACCUUCUACUCCGGUUCACAGGCCGGAUCCCCAGGAGCCUUGCUUUGACAUCGCUGCCCCACCUACCCCGGCUCCUGCUGCUCUGCCCCCCCUGGACAUCGAUGACAUCUCUGAGCCUCACCACAGUGAACCUAACCGGGUCCUGUCAGAUCUUCCCUCUCUCACUGAGGAGCAGGAAGAGGAAGAUGAAGAUGAAGAUGAGGAGGAGGAAGACGAUGAGGAGGAGGAGGAGGAGGAAGAGGAAGAGGAGGAGGAGGAGGCGGAAGAAGCAGAAGAGUGCUUUGAGGAUGACGUGGAUUUGGAUGAGAGGGCUGAUGGAGACCACUGUACAGUGGAGGAACCGGAGCCAACAAGGGACCGGUGUUGUUUCUCCCCUCCAGUAGAGGACCCUCUUAGGAAGAGCUGGCCUGCAGAAUCUCCAGGCCGACCGGAACCGGAGAUCCAAGAGCUCACUCCAACACACUCUGCACCCAACCAGGGAGAUAACUGUUUUGAUCAGAGCAUAGGUUGGGACCCUGACUUGGAUCUCAAGUCUCCCCACAGGACGUAUGGAGAGAUAGAGGCUGCUGUCUCCAAAAUAACUAGUCCUUACCAUUCAGACAGUGAGAUGCAGCACUUGUCGGGUCACCCUUCUGUCGCAGCCCCUUAUGCUGCCUGGAAUAGGUGGCACAAAGAGGACACAGACGACUUUGACGAACAGAAGGAGGCGGUGGCUGACAUCCCCUCUCCAGAGAGGCCUGACACAGCAAUUGAGGAGGAACCCAACUUUUUACACACCUCAUCAUCCUCCAAUAGACUGGAGUCUUUCUUCCACGACUGCAACAGGCCUAGCAUAGAAGAAAGUCCUCAGAUGGUAACCGAAUUGACGUGUGAAGAACCAGACAGCAGACAGCCCACGCACAGCUUCGGUGCUACCACGGAGAGCCACAUGGCUCCAGCUGUGGCCUCUGAGCCCGUGGUGCCCUGGGCCGACCCAUUCUCUGCCGAGCCAGAUGAACUGGAUGACCUGGGGCCGUUCUCUUUGCCUGAACUACCACUACCGGACAAGUCCGAAGAGGCGGAGUCUCGAGAGCCAGAGCCAGUUGAACGCAUCAGGACUGUGCUCACCCACAUUGGACCUAGCAUUAAAGACAGAGGUGACCUGGCCAUAAUGGAGGUGGACCUACCGAGCCUGGCUAAGACGCCAAGCCCCGCUGCACAGCAGGGUUUAGGAGAACUCACUGGACAAGACUUGGUCGUACUGUCACCGCAUGACAACUUCCAGCCAGCGAUGGAUCUCGAGCCAAUUAACGGCUCUCGCUGUGUAAUACAGCAACAGGGCGGCAUGUUGGAACGAAAAGGAGCUUACGGGGAACCUGAUGAGUUGGAACCCAGCAUAUUGUUUUCAUCCGUCAAACCAGAUCCCAGUAAGCAACAUCCCUUUGAGAUCCACUCCCAUAGCGAGUCUUUGGCGUUACCAACGGAGUCGGCUGUCAAAUCAGAGGUGAAACCGAAGGAGAUGUCUGAGCCUGUAACAGAGUCCGUCACAUGCAGUCCUGUUCCUCAGCUCCCAGUGGCGGUGGCACUCUCCAGCGCAGUGGAGCUACCGGACACUCCGGAGACGCCGUCCAAGGUAACUGCAGUAGCGCCGGCCGCUGUCUCUACCACGGUAGACGUCCCCAAGAAGGUAGACGAAAUCCCUCAGCGGAUCACUCGCAACCGCGCCAAGAACAAUCCCUCUGUGCUAGCCGUCCCAUCCACCUCCAGCAUAAUAACCUUGUCCUCCACUGCCACCCUUGUAACGACCAGUCCGACAGUGACCCUUAAUCCAAUUCCCACGAGAACGCCGACACCCACCUCGGCGGCUUCCUUUCCAGCUCUGAAGAACGAGUCUGUGAUUACGGUGUCCUCGGCUGCAUCUAACCUAACCCCGGCGGUGUCGGUCUCUACUUCCGUGACAACUCCUACCCCACUGGUUAUGAGUAAGACGACGAAAGGUCGCCCGGUCCCUCUGGAGGAGGAGGAGUCUCAGAACCAGCACCCGCGGAAGAGAAGAUUCCCACGUUCUGCCGGGCAGCAGGUCCAGGUUCAGCUGGUAAACACAGCCAUGCAGCAGACUAGGGAAAUGAUCCAACAGACUUUGGCCGUAAUCGUCAACGCCAUCAAGCUGGACGAUAUUGAGCCCUACCACAGUGACCGAUCCAACCCAUACUUUGAGUACCUGCAGAUCAGGAAGAAGAUUGAAGAAAAGAGAAAGAUCCUUUGCUUCAUCACCCCACAGGCCCCCCAGUGUUACGCUGAAUACGUGACGUACACCGGCUCGUACCUGCUGGACGGCAAACCUCUCAGCAAGCUUCACAUCCCUGUGAUUGCCCCACCUCCAUCGCUUUCUGAACCUCUGAAGGAGCUUUUCAGACAACAGGAGGCAGUAAGAGGGAAGCUUCGGUUGCAGCACAGCAUAGAACGGGAGAAGCUGAUUGUAUCAUGUGAGCAGGAGGUUUUAAGGGUCCACUGCAGGGCGGCCAGAACAAUAGCCAACCAGGCUGUGCCAUUCAGUGCCUGCACCAUGCUGUUGGACUCUGAAGUGUACAAUAUGCCAUCAGAGAGCCAGGGAGAUGAGAACAAAUCUGUGAGAGAUCGCUUCAACGCUCGUCAGUUCAUUUCCUGGAUCCAGGAUGUGGAUGAUAAAUACGACCGCAUGAAGACAUGUCUGUUGAUGCGGCAGCAGCACGAGGCAGCAGCCCUGAACGCAGUGCAAAGGAUGGAAUGGCAGCUGAAGGUCCAGGAGCUGGACCCAGCAGGGCACAAGUCCCUCUGUGUCAACGAAGUGCCGUCCUUCUACGUGCCAAUGGUCGACGUCAACGACGACUUUGUCCUGCUGCCUGCAUGACACUUUGGUGCUCACGAAUUAACAGCAAACUUUGUCAGAAUCACUUCUUCUCAGAGAGACUUUGUUGAACUGAACGAAAGGGCUAGCAAGUUUGAAACAAGACUUUACAAAGGAAAAAAUUAUAUUCUAUAGAAAGAUGAAAAACUUGCUCUGGAUUCCCUUCUGUGAAGAGGGAACCCUGUUUUUACUGGGGAAAAGAAAACACACAACUUGCACUUUCAUCCUCAAAAGUUUUUACGCUUACGUUUGAUCAGAGUGUGAGAAGCAGAAACCGUUUUUGCUUCGGGGCUCUGACGUCGGGACAAAGCUCCUCCGUUUCGGUGAAACGGGGACAGAGAUAUAUUUUCUGCAUUUGUUUUUUGGUCCCUGCUUCAAUAGAACCACCGGCAACGACGGGAGGAGGUAGAGCUCUCCGAGCGGCACGGAGGAGGACCCUCCCUCGUUGACCCCAGGGCUCCUGGUGGGCCAGGAGAACUAGACCGUGUCUGGCUGGAAGUCAACGCGAGCGCUGGUGCAUUAUGUGGAUCUUCACGGUUGAUGGGAUUCAUCCGGGAUGGGCGGACCAGGAAGCUGGAACCGGUCGCUGAUGGUUUUGGGGCUAUAAGACCAUGAACCCGGAGGACGCCCUCUCUGUUCUCGCCGCAGCAGGCUGGCCUAGCUUAACAACGGCGCAACAGAGCCUUCAGAAGGUUGGAACACAGAAGACACAGAACACCAAUUUGCGCGUGUGUGUGUGUGUGUGCGUGUGUGCGUGUGCGUGCGUGCGCACGUCAGGUGCCGGUGUCCGAGCGGAAGACUGACCCCCGCAGCCUCUGGGCCGGGCAUGGCUCUCUGAGGACAGACCGGAGUGUUCCUCAGCCACCAUGCUUGCUCCAAACACAAACACAUCAGACCGCCAUGGACUGCAAAAACACCACAGGACAACCUGAAGAAACAAACAUAACGAAUGUUGAGAUACAAAGAGACUAUUGAGAAAUUUUGAUUUUGGCAGGAGGAGAGAAAUAUUGUUUUUGUCUAUUUCUUUACUUGGGCAUUUCAUUGUUUCUGAGGAAGUGACUUGAAACACUACAGAGCCAAUAUUAGUUUAAUGGAGAAAAAAAGCAAAAGAAAAUCAAAAAAAAGUUGUAUUCCGUAAAUUAUGUACAGUUUUUAUAUUCGUUAACCAAUGUAUUCUUGCUGCCUUCUAGAUAAUUUAUUUUGCCACACAUUACUGCACAGUUGUAAAUAACCUAUGUACUGUAAUAUCACUCAGUUAAGUGUAAAGAAAAAAACACAAAAGAAAUAAAAGUUAUCUUUUUAUGUACAGUUCACUUUUGGGCAGCACUUCCCCCUCCCCUCCCUCGCGUCUCAUAUCCACGGGCCAAAAUGUGUACACGAAUCUGUCAGAAUUUGUAAGACUUCAGUGCACAGUGGUAUGAUCCCAUAUCUUAGAUUACUACUAGCUACUAGCUGAUAGAGAACUCCUCUGGAUUAAAACUGGCCAACCACCAUAUAGUCCCUCAGAUGUAGCAGAAUAGUUGUUGAGGAUUUAUUUAAAGAAUAGAGGAUUAUUAUUCAUUGCUUUACUACACAAUUCUAUCUGAGAAAAUUCGAACCAAGAAAAUGCCUUGUUCAGUGAAAAAAAAUGUACUCAUUGUUGGGCAAAGUCACAUAGAUGUAUAUGGGUGGGAUGAAAGUGAGAGUCAUUCAUGAGGAUAACCGUGUUAAUGUAGAAUGGUUUCAAAUUCAUUUCCCAUCUUUUUCAUUAACAAAAAUUGGACUGAAAUCAUUUCUGAUGAUCACAAAACAACAAUAUCUCCAAAACCAACAAGAAUUUACCGACUUAAAAUAUCUUUAGUAGUCUGUCUUCCAAGACAGCUCAGUUUUCCCUUUUCAAAUUGCAGUUCCAGCUUUACUCACUGGAUGGCACUAGUGUGUCUGAAAGCCCAAGCUCCUAUUUGGCUUUGCAUUAGACCUGUAACUUUUUACUCGAAUGAGUGUUUUUAAACAUCCCCUUAUAAGUUUCUUAUACAACACGAGCUGCAGGCCCAAGCUUUCAGCUCCAGUCAUGUCACACUUUUUAGCAAUGUCUAAUUUGCAAGUGGUUUGAUUAGUGCGGUCAUGGAUUUGCCAUUUUAGGUUUCCUCAUCAUAUUACUCCUUAAAAACAGUUGCGAUACUUAAAUCUUCUAAAUGAACCAAAAGUUGGACUUUGAGUAACACAAAAAGUUUAAGGAAAUCGAUAAUAGAUCGGAUUUCUUUUGGUCUUCGAUUUAAAAAAAAUCCUAUUUUAAAUGUAGAUUUGUGAUGACCUGUAUUGAUGCUCUAUUUUUUUAGUGGGUCUAGGCUUUGAUAAGCUUUCCCAACCCAGCACAUAGGCUUCCUGUCUGUGUGUGAGAGCUGCUCCCGUAUCCUGAUGGCAAUAUUAUCUGAAACUGUUAAAGUUAUUUACACACUGUCAGUCAGCAUAGCUGUGUAUGGUAUGUCUAGUCAAGUGCAAUGGUUGUGGAGGCUGUGCAGACAAGGUGGCUAGAUGUAUAGUCCUGGAUAUUUGACAGAUACACACAUCCUGGUUGGUAUAAACUUGCAUAUUUGGAUACAAAUAGCCAGAAAUUUGUUUUUUAAACACUUGUUUGUCUACACACUUUUAUGGGAAGAAGUUUAAAGGUGUCUUUAGUCCACAGAAUCGUUUUUUUUUUUUUUUAGCUCAGUGUAUGUAGGUUUGAAUGUUGUUGUGAUUAUCUUUGGGGUUUUGGUUCCUGUAUAAAACAUAAACACCAGUGGCAUGUCAAUCGCGUUGCUUAUCGAGCAGAAUGUACACCGUUAUUAUGCCCUGGCCGACCACGCCCUCUCACUAUUGUUUACAAGACAUUGAGUGUUUUCCGUUUCACGUGUCACCCUUUUUUAACGGUUUAAGCCCUGCUUUAACGGUUUAAGCCCUGCUUUGGAUUUCAUUAUGUAAUCAAGUCUUUUAUUUGAACCAUAAAGGCUUGAAAUGGUGACGGUUGACAAAACUGACAGGCAAUUCUUCCCCCGAGCGAUACUCAUCGCAUCCACCCAUUGUGAUCCUCCACUGAGAAUAUUCAAAUCACAAAAAGCGUGAUUUCUGGAUUAAUUAAAUACAGACACAAAAUAAAUAUUUCCUGGGAAGCAUGUAGAGCACUUGGCCGUAGUGAUACAGAUGCAUACUGACACCACCUCAGUCAGCAACAUAUUACCUCUACUCUCCUCACAUUCACUCAUAAUGUUUAUCUUUAAUUCGUUGUUUGUGGGUUUUUUCUUACUGGACAUAAAUAUACAUAAUAGUUUUUUUUCAUUCUAUAGAAUCACGAUUUCAAGCCUUUUUUUCCCUCCUAGUUUGUUUUUCUUUUUUUAAAUUAAAACCCAGACUGUAGCUAUUUCUUUCGUUGUGGAAAAUGACUAAUAAAAAGCAUGGAGAACUACUCUUUAAAUGGUGAGAAACAACCUAUUUAUUAUUUGUUUUUUGUUUUUUUCUGACACCUGUGGUAUGUUUAGAGUUGAAGUUGGUCUCCGCUGUGUAAAUUUUCCUCCCUGUAAUGGGUGAAAGAGACAUACUGUACAUAGCUCUGUAAAUAAAAUCUCCCAGGACGUUUUGCACCCUCCUCUUUGUACUAGUCUGAAGAAUUGCGUAGAAUGUGGGGUUCUAACAGCAGCGAGCUACGUGCGCUUGCUGCAGGUGAUUAUGAUGUAACAAUGUAACGUUUUUUUAUUUGUACAAUGUAGUUUACUUGUGUACAUAUUGUUGGAGCAGCUAAGAGGGGGGGGGGGGGGGGGGUUGUUGAUGCUAUUGUCAGUGCUGUAACCGAAAUCCAGUACUUUCACCUCUAGCUGUUGUUGAUUUCCUGCAAAAAAAAUAAAGAGAAAAAAAGACAUAAAAAAAUAAAAACAUGACAAACCGAAAAUGAGGAUGGAUGGGGGAAAAAAAAGACUAAAACGGAAAAGUAAAAAUUCUAAAUUGUUAUUUUCUACAGUUGCAUGUACAGAGAGCGCGAGAACUGCUGUUGUUCCUCAGAGAUUAUGUUCGUUAAUAAAACUUUGAAAUAUUA